AUGGGUAAAACGAAAUCUCAAUCGAGCUCCGCUGUUCGAAGAUCACAAAGGUUAAACUCCGAUGUUGAUGAUUCUGCUCCGAUCACUCUCCCAGUAGCCGAUCCUCAGUAUGAUGACUGGAGUUUUGCGAUGCGUAUUUCUCUUGAUGCUAAGAAUAAGAUAAAAUUUGUUGAUGGAAGCUUGCCUAGGCCUUUGAUUACAGAUCCUAACUUUGAUUUGUGGUCUAGAUGCAAUAGCAUGGUUAAGCCGUGGUUAUUGAACUCUGUUUCUCCUCAGAUCUAUCGUAGUAUCUUGCGUAUGAAUGAUGCUGCAGAUAUUUGGAAAGAUCUCUGUGGUCGUUACCAUAUGACUAAUCUCCCACGCACUUUUAAUCUGACUCAAGAGAUCCAAGACCUUCGUCAAGGUUCUAUGUCGUUAUUUGAGUAUUAUACUCGUCUCAAAACUCUCUGGGAUCAGUUGGAUGGUUCAGAGGAACUAGAUGAUCCUUGUGUUUGUGGGAAAGGUGCUUGUCUGCAACAGAAGGCAGAGAAAGCCAAAACGGUGAAAUUCUUGGCUGGUCUGAAUGAAUCUUAUGCGAUUGUACGCAGACAGAUCAUUGCAAAGAAGGUGUUACCUCCUCUGGUAGAGGUAUACCAUAUCCUGGAUCAAGACGACAGCCAGAAAGGGUUCACCAUUCCCACUACUCCCACAGCUUUUCAAGUCUCACAAGUUGCACCUCAGAUGGAACAUGGUUUUCCUCCUGGCUUCACUCCAAAAGGGAAAUUCAAUGAAAAGUUUCAGAAACCUCCAAUAGUUGCAGCUCAAGUCACUUUAUCUCCAGUUUCGGAUAAGACUUCAACUAACAUGGAGAACUUGAUUGGAAAUCUUUCUCCUGAUCAGCUGCAGAAUAUCAUUGCUCUCUUUAGCUCUCAGCUACAAUCUACAUCUUCUGGAGCUGUUCCUGCUGCUAUUGCGAGUACUUCUCAAACUCCACAGACUCCACAGACGCCACUUGAUCACCCCGGUAUCUCAUUCUCUACUCACACAUACUCUUUUAUUGGUAUACUGGCUGCUUCGAAACAUACACUGUCCACAGACACAUGGGUGAUUGAUUCUGGUGCAACUCACCAUGUGUCUCAUGACAAAAAUAGUUUUGUUUCUUUGGAUACUUCUGUGGAAAGUUUUGUGAACAUGCCAACAAGACAGCAUGUUAAGAUCAGUGGAGUGGGAAUGAUUCGUCUAAAUAAAGAUUUACUCCUCACGAAUGUCUUGUUUAUCCCAGAAUUCAGAUUGAGUCUUAUCAAUAUCAUUUCUUUGACUUCAGAUCUUGGUUCUCGGGUGAUUUUUGACACUUCUUGUUGCGAAAUACAAGAUCCUACCAAGGGGGUGAUGAUUGGUAAAGGUCGUCGCAUUGGCAAGCUCUAA